UAAUCGAAGAAGAGGUAGAAAUCUCCGAUCCAGCCUCUCAGCCGCCAAAACGCUAAACGGGGCUUGCGAAGCUAGCAAAUUGAGCUUACGGCAUACAGAGAGAGCGGCGCGUAGCACCAUCAACAUACUCCGUACACGUGCUGCCCCGUGGAAAGAGGAGCACGCACAGCCAGCCAUGGAUCCCCUAACGGACGAUUCUUCGAGUCACAUCUGCCCGGAGCGAAGGAUGCAUACUCCGUACAGCGUGCUAAUCAUGCUGGCAGCAGGGUUUCUGGCUGGCCCAGAAUUGUUUCUCCUCGGGCCGCGAUACCCCGCGAUAGACAUUUUGAGCAUGGAAACUGAUCGUCGCCGACUAGGGAUUUUCAGGACGACCAACGUGACCUCCAUACUCAUCCUAGACGACGGGUGGUGUCAUUCGCUUGUGGGCUAGCAGAGAAGGCGGCAUUAAGAGCAUGCGGCGCCGAUGAGCGUUUGAGGGAUAUGGGCUAAUCUAAAGGCUCCGAUUACCGCG